UCAGUGGUUCUGUCACGUAUUUUGAUAGAACUUGUUAUGAUUUUUAAUUAACAACUAAACAAAUAAUUUAUAAUGUAAAUAGCCUGGAAUAUUUACAUGACAAUCUGUGAGAUUUCUAAAAGUUGAGACGAAUUGAAUUAAAAUAUUUAAAUAAAAAAUGGUAGAAGAGGUUGUAAGCCCGUAUAAUAAAUCCAAGAAUAAAACAGCAAGACCUAGGCCUGUUUAUUUAUGGAACGUACUUGAUGUACAAAAAUGGUUGAGACGACACUGUAGUGAUUAUUAUCAACUUUAUCAUGAAAAAUUUUUAUACCAUGAUAUUACUGGGCGCGUGCUCUUGAGGAUAAACGAAAAUAUUUUACUUCGGCUUGGUAUCGAUAAUGAGGAACACCGUAUGGAUAUUUGCCGAGAAAUAAUGAAACUUCAUUUAAAAACAGAUAUAUUAGAAAUACGUGAUAUUGAGCGUCGAAAUAAUUAUGACAACUAAUUUAUUAUUUUAUUAGUGUACAAAUACAUUAAAAUUUAUAUUUUCUUAAUAAUAUUUAUUAUUAUUUUAAAUUUAAGUGUCAUUUGACAUGAUGCUGAAAUUAGCCGACGU